AUUGAUAUUGUCAUAAUUUUUGUAUUCGCUCAUUCAAAAAAUUACACUGAGAAAGAAAAAUCUGGAAAAUGAAUGCAUUUUUGCCAGUGAUUCGACUGCAGCUCAAUCCAUAAUCAUAACCUCUUCGAGUGAUAAAAAUAAAUUCCUCUGAGAUGAAUGAAAAAACUGUGGGAACUCUGGAAGAAGAAGCAUUAAAGAGGAAAGAGAGACUCGCAGAGUUGAAGAAGAAGAAAGAUCAUUGCGAGCAAAAAAAUACAGAACAGAAAACCAAUUUACCCAAACCAAGAUUCAGAAGUUACAAACCUCAAGAUGAGAAUCUAAAGGAACAUGUUUUGGAGACUGGAAUUUCAGUCGAAUUGGAGAAGGAAAACCCUGAGGAAGGGACGAGGUCCAAGGCUGUCAUCGAAGAGCUUGACAUUGGGAGUUUAGCACCCCGAAAACCUGAUUGGGAUUUAAAGCGUGAUGUAUCGAAGAAACUGGAAAAACUGGAAAGGCGAACGCAAAAAGCAAUAGCAGAAUUGAUCAUCGAGAGGAUAAAAAAGGACAAAGAAGAUAUAGCAGGAAUUGUCACCCUGACUGGCAAUUCAAGUAUUAACGACAAAUAGACACAAUUUGUAAAUAAUUCUAAUUCUUAAAAUUGUAUUCUUUCAACGAAUGAGUCAGUUUUCAUUGAUAAAUUCUAUGGAUUUUUAUACAGUAUAA